AAUGGAGGAACCCCUCCACCCUGUCCAUCCUGUUGGUGUCCUGAGUCCGGGAGCGCGGGGCUCCGCCCUCCCGGCACUCAACACCUGGCGCUGGGGCGUGCCUCAGUUUACCGGAGGCGGGGCCUUCCUUCCCCCCCCCACACCCCUCCCCUUUUCCCUCUUCCUCUUCGGGGCGCCGGCAGCCGCGCCUCGAGCCCUGCCGGAACUGAAGCUGGGCUCCGGGCGGCUGGGAGGCGGGGGCCACGUCAGCGGGGCGGCGGGGGCGGUGGAGAGCAGGUCGCGGCGGGAGCCAUGCGGCGGGGCGCACUCCUGGCGGGCGCCCUGGCCGCGUACGCGGUCUACCUGGUGCUGGGCGCGCUACUGGUGGCGCGGCUGGAGCGGCCCCACGAAGCUCGCCUCAGGGCCGAGCUGGAGACGCUGCGCGAGGAGCUGCUGCGGCGCAGCCCGUGCGUGGCCGCCCCUGCCCUGGACGCCUUCGUGGAGCGGGUGCUGGCGGCUGGACGGCUGGGGCGCGCCGCGCUCUCCAACGCUUCGGGGCCCACCAACGCCUCGGACCCCGCCUGGGACUUUGCCUCGGCGCUCUUCUUUGCCAGCACGCUGGUCACCACCGUGGGCUACGGGUACACAACGCCGCUGACCGAUGCGGGCAAGGCCUUUUCCAUUGCUUUCGCGCUCUUGGGCGUGCCGGCCACCAUGCUGCUGCUGACAUCCUCGGCCCAGCGCCUGUCGCUGCUGCUGACCCACGCACCCCUCUCCUGGCUGACCACACGCUGGGGCUGGGGCCUCCGGCAGGCAGCCCGCUGGCACCUGGUGGCACUGCUGGGUGUAGCCGUGACCGUCUGCUUCCUGGUGCCGGCCGCCGUCUUUGCCCACCUGGAGGAGGCCUGGAGCUUCCUGGAUGCCUUCUACUUCUGCUUCAUCUCCCUGUCCACCAUCGGCCUGGGUGACUAUGUGCCCGGAGAGGCCCCCGGCCAGCCCUACCGGGCCCUCUACAAGGUGCUGGUCACAGUCUACCUCUUCCUGGGCCUGGUCGUCAUGAUGCUUCUGCUGCAGAGUUUCCGUCACGUGUCGGACCUCCACGGCCUCACGGGUCUCAUCCUGCUGCCCAGUCCGUGUCCUGCCAGCUCCGGCGAGUCUGAGGAUGAUCAUGUGGGCAUUGUAGACCCCCAGCCAGAACCGUACCAGCAGCUCGCUGCCGACGCCCACCCUGACUACGCCUCCAUCCCCAGGUAGCCGGGGCGGGUGCCCUGAGGCUGGUGGGACCCGGCCCGUGGCUGAGGGGCCCCUGUGACUGGAGCGGCUCUACAGGACCGUCCUUGAGCACAGGCCUGUGUUUGCAGGGUUCACGAGGCAUUGCCACCAGCUGUCCGUCCUUUGCUGUACCUGUCCCAGGCUCCACGGGGCGCCGCCAUGGCCCUGUUUUGGGAUGCCCCUCCCUGCCCCUUCUCUUACUCCCCUAACUCUGGGCUCUCUGGCUUUCCUUCUCACUCUCUCUGUGUCUCAUUCUGUCACUGACUCCAUCUGCCUCUCCCUCAGCCACUCUUCACUGGCCCAUUCUAGCAGUUUCUAGGCUCAGACCUCAUGUCUGGCACCCGAUGGGUCACUAUACUUUGGGCAAGUGGCUGCCCCUGUCUGGGCUUUGAUCUCCUCAUCUGUCAAAUGGAAAGAAUAUAUUCAUUCAUCUAGAACUCCCUCUGGGCAGGCCCCAGGCUGGGCAGCGUGAGGGACCCAGGAGCAUUAAGGUGGCCCUGGGUCUCCUGGGUUCCCAGUCCAGUGAGGAAGACAGAUCUGUCCCCACACAGCAGCCACCCAGGAUAGGCAGGACUUCAAGGAGGAGGCAGAGAGGUCAGCGGUGUGUUCCAGAAAGCAUAGGUGGAGGGGGCGGGGUUGAGGGGGAGGAAGCACAGGGACUGGGCCCAGUCCAGCCUGCAGGGUCAGGGAGGGCUUCUGGAAGAAGGGAUAAGGACUCAGGGGAAGAAGGUGGACCCGACUUGUUUUUCUCAAGUGACGCUAGGGAGCAAGAUCUGUGUGGAGGAGCUCGGGCAUAGGCCUGUGGGACAGAACCCUCCUCGGCCACCCAACUGGCUGGAAGCUGAGACAGGACCCAGCCUGGAUCUGGACGGCGCAGACAGCCCUGCUCUGAGCUGGGACCCCUGCUCCAGCUGUCCCCACCUCCCGAGGCUAACUGUAUAAGGUACACUGGCCUCUGGAGCCAUUCUGCUUGGGCUCAGAUCCCAGCUCGGCUGCGUCCUGCCUCUGUCCUCGGGCAGUCACUUCACCCCUGUGAUUCUGAGUUAUGUCCUCUGUAAAAUGGCCACAAGAACAGUAAUUACUUCCAAGAUGAUGUCACAGAGCCGGCCCCGGUAUUCUUUGCUUUCUUUGGCCAGGCCCUGCUCCGGGUACUUUCCAUACGAGGAAGGUAACAUCCUCACCUUUUUCGGCAGAUGAGGAAACUGAGGCACAAGAUCUCAGACACAGAACUGGGAGGUGACAGGUUUUCUGUGUACUGGUACGCAGCUGGUACGUCAGAGCACUUGCUGCCAUGGGCCCAUCUACUGAACCAUUCCCUCUGCCAAACCCAGUGGAAGUUACGGAAGGGAUGGGGCAUUUGAGCCGGACCUUGAUAACAUUCAGGAAGAAAGGGCACGGGAGGCACUCCAGGCAGCGGGAACUGUGCGCGUCUGGAGGUAGGAAAGCCUGUCAAUGUCAGCUUCAGGCAAGUGAUUUACUGUCAUCGGAAUAUGGGGUGGGGGGAGGGAGGAGCGGUGGACAUGGGUGGAUCUUAAGUGUCCUUAAAUGACCAGUUUGGGAACCUGGCCUCUUUCUUGAAGGCACUAGAGAGCCAUGGAAGGUUUUUGAGCAGGAGAGAGCUGUGGUCGGGUUUGGGGUUUAGCUGCUGUGUGGAGGUGGACCAGAGGGGGAGACUGAGCUGGGCGCACAGGGGAGGUUUGCACAGGAACAGAGCAGGGGUACGAUGGCGUGGGCAGGGCCGAAGGAAGGGAAAAGGGGCCAUGGAGGGGUCAUGCGCAGGAGGCCAAGUGGGCAGGCCCUGUGUAGGCCUUACAGUCUUGGGCAAGACAAGGCUGGGGAAAAGCACAAGGAUGGUUGGCUGCCCCUGAGAUAGGGACCUGGGAGGAAAAAACACAUUUGAAGGGAGACACUGAGGCUUGUUUGGAAUAUGGUGGGUGUGAAGGGCUAGAGGGGCAUCCAGAGGAAGGCAUCAGAAGGUCUCAGGGUGUGGUUGAGGCCGGAGACAGAUGGGGGAAGCGAAGCCGGGCGGGCAGGUGUGGCAGCCCUGGGUUGGGGGAAGAGAGAACACCAGCCUCGAGAAGUCAGCUUUAGGGUAUUUCUGUAUCUAUAUCAGUAAGGAAACACUUGUGAUGAGCACUGGGCGUUAUAUGGAAAUGAUGAAUCACUAAACUCUACUCCUAAAACUAAUAUUACACUAGAUGUUAACUGACUAGAAUUUAAAUAAAAAUUUAAAUAAAAACUUGAAACAUUAUAAACAACUAAGGAAAGAUUUGGUCUCCAAGUAACAAGAUCCUGACUGGCACUGGCUAAAAUAAUGAGAUGAUUGUAUAUUGCCCAUCACCAGAGUUGGGGAGAGCUCUGUGCAACCAUACAAUCCAUAGCUCCAGGAGGAUCUUGUGGCCUGAGGUUACCAAUCUCUUUUUUCUGCCACCUUCAGCUGAAGGCUUGGCUCCACAUGGGCUCUCCUCAUGGCCAUAGAGUGACUGCCACAGGUCCAGACAUCACAACCAUACGUGAUCAUUUUUAGUGCAGGAAGAGAGGGGCAUCUCUUGCCAUAUUGUCUCUUUGGAAGCAAGGAAACCUUUCCCCUAAAGCCUCCCUGCAGAGACUUCCUCCUCUCAUUGGCCCAAAUUGGUUUACAUGCCCAUCCUGAACUAAUCCUUGGCCAUUGUGAUGGAGCCACCACAAUUAACUUGGAUUCCUCAGGAUUCCCCCUGCCACCUGGAAUUGAGGCUGAGCCUGAGAUUUGGGUCUGGAAGCUGGUGAUUGGACUUCUGUUAGAAAGGCAGGAGGGGGAGAAUGGGCAGACAUUGAUUAACUAAGCAGUCGGGGUCAUCAUGUACAGUUGUGCAAGUUGGGAACUACAUAGGGGAUGUCUGGCUGGCAGGGUGGAAACAAACAAGGGCUGAAGUUCAAGGCUGAAAAUGACCCAAAGGGACUCUUCAUUGCUUCUCCUUCCAGAUUCCUCUAGAAAAAGAAAUCAGGCCCCGUUUAUUCAAGACAUGGGGGGUGGGUAAAAUUUCAGGCUAAAAACUCGAAAGGUACAAGGGUGUGCAGUGGAAAGUCAGUCUUUCUCUAGCAUUUAGGCUGUGUUCACUGAUUUUGCAGGUUUUUCAGGUAAAUAUCAGCAAUAUGUAUAUGUCUAUGUGUGUCAUUUCUUUUUCCUUCACUCUGCUCGAGUGAAGGAGUGAAGGAAAGGUGGUUAAAACCACAGACUGUAGAGGCAAAGUCCCUGGGUAGAAGUCUGAACUCUCUCCCUCCCAAGCUCUGUGGCUUUGGGCAAGUGAUUUCACCUCCCUGUGCCUGAGUUUCCUAAUCUGUAAAACGCGUUGAUAACAGCACCUACCUCAUGGACUUGAGAAUUUAGCAACUUAAUAUCUGUAAAACUCUUAGACCAAUGUCUGGUACUCAAUAAAUUGUUGACUAAUGAUUAUUA